AUGCCUCACCCAGCAAUAUCAUCGACCAUAUGGCCGCCCACACCGAUCAGUCCGGCCGUCAAAGACCUGCUGGGACGAUUCUUCCACCUCGCCGACCAGAAAGACGACAAUGUCGGGACCGUGCUGGCUGAGGAGGUCUUUACGCCUGACGCGCGCUUCGUCACGGCUACUGGCGCCUUUGAGGGCAAGGAGCAAAUCGCAACCAGCCGCGCCGGCGCGUGGACCGUCGUGACCUUCCGCAAACACACCGUCGACAAGGUCUACGCCACCGGAGUGAACGUGGGUGGAGAGGGAGUCACCACGGACAUUGUCCUCACGGGCAAACUCGAGACGCGCACCGAGGACGGCGGCUCCGUCAGCACCGUCACGGACUUUGCGGCGAGAGUGGUUUUUGUAGGGGGAGACGACAAAAGUGGUGGGAGCGGCGCGGGGUGGAGGAUCAGGGAGUAUCGGGCGUGGAUUGGGCGGUCGGAGAGGUCCUCGGACUGA